GCCGAAUGCAGUUUUACGAUCCUGACAACAAAAUAACUAGCGGCGGAUUGAUUUUGCCGGUUACAUUUCUUCCUGAGAAUAGCCAUUUCCGUAGUUUCAGUACUGAGAGUAUGCUAGCUAUGGAACUGACAUUUUCAAGUACGAAACAAUUGACAAAGAUAACAUGUCUAAUACAUGUCGAUGGGAAGAUAACUAUAUUCUAUGAUGAAAUAGCUUCUGGAAAUCACGAGACUGAGCUUGAUUCGAAAAUAUACAGUUCGUUCAAAUGUGGAGAAGGUUCACCAGGAUCACUACCCUAUAAUGCUAUACAUGUUCCUGGAUCGUGGAUUCAAAGUAAUACUUUGGUGGAGCUUGAACCAAUGACAAACUUUUGUUCCAGACAACAAUCAAGUGAAUCUUGCAAAGCUGCAUCUAAACCUGGAGUGAUUUGUUACUGGUGCGCAACAGCUAAAAUAUGCAGUAAUGGUCUUGAUA